CCGCCUUGAACGGUAUCUUCAACGUCGGGAAGCUCAUCUCAGCAGGCUUUCCAUUCAAUCUCUCGAUAGAGAAGAGGCAUAGAAGAUAUGCCUCUGUCUAUCUUCUGGCCGGAUGACGUACGCCACUCCGGCACGCUCUUUGGCUGGUCGAGUCCUUCCGUCUGGUGCAUCGCAGGCGUACUUCCGGAGGAGGAGGAUACCCAAAAGCUUGAUAAUAUCUUACUCACCUUGCGACCGGAUCCACCACGAGUACUUGGAAGCUGCUCUUUCGCGAAGGAUUCCUGGGUUCCGAAGUUGCAAUUAAACUCUUCUUCGAAGCCCUACAACAUCAUUCUUUACCGCCGUCAUAAGCCAGUGACGCUCCGAUACCAUUGCCUUACGCCGCCUGGAGCGCUUCCGCAGAGUCAUGCGACUCCUGGUCCUGCUCAAAGUCGAAAGGCCUCUGCGGGGAUUGACGAACUUAUCAUUGGCAAGGCCAGUAUGACCAUGCGCCAAACGAUUUCGCCCACUCUGACUCGUUCUCUCAGUUCAACCGAGCAUGGGCCGUCGACGAUGUCGUGCAGCGCGCGUUAAUGCCUAGG